AGGCCCCGUCGUCUCUUAGCAACCGGGUGUAAAUGAUUAUUUCACACACGCUGGAGGAGCCUAGGAGCAAAUGGCUUGACACGUUUUCAUUUGGCAAAAUAUCCGAAGACUAUUUAAUGUAUCUCGGAAGCAAUAUCUCAAGGAUUCACAGGAAGAUCUGAGUGACAAGCAGCUAAUGGUAGCUUUCUAGCCAAUGGGGCUGUUUGACAAGCUAGCAGGAUGGCUGGGGUUGAAGAAGAGGGAAGUGAACGUGCUGUGCCUGGGACUGGACAACAGCGGCAAAACCACCAUCAUCAACCAACUAAAACCCUCCAAUGCCCAGACCCAAGACAUCGUCCCAACCAUUGGCUUCAGCAUAGAAAAGUUCAAGACAUCAAGUCUUUCUUUCACAGUGUUUGACAUGUCAGGCCAGGGCAGAUACAGAAACCUCUGGGAACACUACUACAAGGAGGGGCAAGCCAUCAUAUUUGUCAUUGACAGUGCAGACAAGUUGAGGAUGGUAGUGGCCAAAGAGGAGCUUGACACAUUACUAAAUCAUGCUGAUAUUAAACACAGGAGGAUCCCCAUCCUGUUCUUUGCCAACAAGAUAGAUGUGAGAGAUGCUCUGUCUUCUGUCAAGGUCUCACAGCUGCUCUUUCUGGAGAAGAUCAAAGACAAACCUUGGCACAUCUGUGCAAGUGACGCUGUCAAGGGAGAAGGUUUGCAGGAGGGUGUCGACUGGCUGCAAGAUCAAAUCAGAUCGAUGAGAACAUGAGGGCCUAAAGAAGCUACUGGACGCAGAAAAACCAGCAUCACCGGAUCCACAACAACAGAGGAGCCUUGUUCACAUUCCCACAGUGUAAACACACACACACACACACACACACACACACACACACACACACACACAUAAACCACAGGCCGAAAGUUGUUUCGAAGAUCUGUUGGGGAAUGAAGGACUGACUUACUCUGUUUUAAAAACUGUUUUUGGAGGUACCGUGAUAAACUUUUUUAUAUGACAGAUUUGGUCUAAGAAAGGUCUGUGACUCUAGAUUAGGGGUUGACCGAUGUGUUUUUUUCCCGGGGCGAUACCGAUUAUUUGUAAUCAAGGAGACCGAUAGCCGAUAUUUGGAACUGAUAUGCAUUUGCGGUAAAAAUGAAAAGCUUGGUGUCAAAAUUCAGAAUAACACAAACCCCGUCACACACUUCCUUGACAUGCCUUUUAGCAUACGUUUAAUUAAAAGAGAAAAUGUCUUUAUCUUAAAACGGUGCGGGGAGCUCCCAGCAGCAAGAAAGAACAUUUAGCCUAUCAGUUUUUUUUGCUCGUCAGCUGGUUAAAUUAUGGACCAACAAAUGAACUUGUUGACGUUCGCCAUCGUGUUCGAGUUAGCUCUGCGAGACUCCACAUUAGCUCCCGUUAUUAUGACCAUCAUGCUAGGAGUCUCUGUAUGUGUGUAUGUCUGUCCCAGGGUUGCCACCUUCUAUGU